AUGAGUGUACCACUAAGUAAUGAACAACAACAGUUGGUAAAUGCAUUGGAAGACACGUAUAAUUUAUUACAAAAAGCACAAACCAACUUAAAGAAAUGUUCAAAGCAGAGAUUAACGCGAGGAUACAUUGAGGCGCGUCUGCAAAGUAUUGAGGGAUACUGGCAAAGUUUUAAGACUACGCAUCAAGAACUGGUGAAAUGUACACCAAAGUGCAAAAGGAACGAAAUUCCGUAUUUCCUCAACGAAGAUUUCUUUGUCGUCGAAGAUUUGUACACUUGCACCGUGGGGGAUUUAAGGGAUAUGCUUUCAUCGCCGUCACAGCUCUCACAACCAACAGCAAGUAUGAAACACAAUGAAUCUAUUGUGAAAUUACCUCGAAUAGAAAUACCAAAGUUCACCGGAUCUUAUGAAGACUGGCCUACAUUCAGAGACCUAUUUACAUCAUUAGUUCACAAUUCAUCAUUAAGUAAGGUUGAAAAGUUACACUACCUUAAGACAAGUGUCGUCGGUGAACCUGCUGAACUCCUUAAACAUGUUUACGUAUUGGAGUCAAAUUACGAACAGGCUUGGAACAUACUGAACCAUAGAUAUGGUAACAAAAGAUUAAUCGUAAAUUCCUUACUGCACAAAUUAUUUAAUUUGAAGAAACUCACUUCACCCUCCGCUAACCACUUAAAAAACUUAUUGGAUACCACCACUCAGUGUCUGAACAAUCUUAAAAAUCAAGACAUACCUACGGACUCCUGGGAUCAAAUUAUUAUUUAUCUAGUUGUUCAAAAAUUAGAUACGGACACUCACAAAGAUUGGGAAGAGUACUCAUUUCGAGAAGACACGAAUAGAUUACCUGCCUGGGUUGAGCUAAGGACAUUUCUGGAGACAAAAUUCCGAUCAUUGGAGAUGGUGAACCCCACAACUAUUAAGGCGAAAUCUUUCCAUGUGACCACUUCAGAAGAUAACGACUUUGCCUCACCACCAAGAACGUGCUAUAUGUGUAAAGCUGAUCACAAUCUAUGUCACUGUAAAGAAUUUUGUAGCUUACAACCAUCAGAACGAUGUGAAUUUAUUAAGAAAAAUAGGCUUUGCUACAAUUGCAUGAUGAUGGGACAUUCAGUGAUAAGAUGUAGGGUACCGACAUCUUGUAAGAUAUGCCAUCGCCGACACCACACAUUAUUACAUACUAGCGACGGAGCAGCUGAAAAUGUAGAAUUACAUCACAGUCUAAUAGAAGAAGAAGAAGAAGCAGAACCUAAAUCAGAAAAACCAGAGCAAUCAGACAUUGCAAUAUCUACACACUUUGCUUCCGGAAAGUCGACAUCACUACUACCUACUGCCUUAGUCAUAGUAAAGGAUGAUGAGGGUCAUAAUACAAUUUUACGAGCUUUAGUGGAUCAGGGUUCUCAAGCCAAUUUUAUUACCGAGAGAGCAGCACAACUAUUGAAGAUAAAAAGAAUACAAGCUAAGGGAACAAUCACAGGGGUUGGUAAUACACAAACAACAGUUAAUCACAUGGCACAGCUCGAGAUCUUAUCUAAAUAUGAGGAGGAAUUUAAGCUUAGCAUAAAUGCGUACAUAAUGCCGACGCGAUUAACGACCCAAUUGCCAUCAAAACCUAUUACAAGUACAGUCUAUACGUCACAUAUACAAGGAAUCACUCUAGCUGAUCCAAGCUUCAACACACCAGGGCGAAUCGACAUGUUGUUAGGAGUUGAAGUUUAUGCGCAGAUAUUGAAGGCUGAUAUUCUGAACGGUCCUCCAGGCUCUCCAUGUGCUCAGUAUACAAGCCUCGGCUGGAUUUUAUUCGGAGAUAUACAUGAAGAAACUUCACAAGAACAAAUACUUGUAACGCAUCAUGAAUUCAAGGUAGAUGACAUGAGGGACGGAGAUACAGAUAUAACAAGAAUGUACACUAAAGAUAAAGAAGAUUGUGGAACCAUAUACAAGGAAACACGUAACAGAAAUGAAGAUGGGCGAUACCGAACAGAAAAUCCAAAAUCAAAGAGGCUAUUACAGCUAGAAAGGUGUUCCAAGAAGGAUAAGAAAUUAAAGGUUAAAUAUACACAAAUAAUGAAUGAAUACGGUGAAAAGAGACCUAAUAUAGAACGAAAUCCUAAAGACGAAAGAAACAAUCCAGGCUUUUAUCUAGUUAUCUUUUAUUUUAUUUUUUAUCUUUUAAUUCAUCGUCCAGUUUUUAAAUACGAUAUUCAAACUACGCAGACUAGUUCGAUAUUCGAUACCUCAUAUAUAGGUACAAAAUAUAAUGUAGCAUUCAACAUCGAAUUGCGUUUGAAAAAUGUAGAAUAUGUCUCAGACAUACAAAAGAUAAAUCAACAGUUUCCCCAACCAACCACCAAGGAAGAUAAGGAUUUUCAACGCAUUCUUUGGCACCCUAACAACCAAUAUCCAGUUAAGGAGCACCGUAUCGUUAUGGUGACGUUUAGUACUGCAUGUGCACCAUAUCUCGCGGUAAAAACUCUUCACCAAAUUCCCAGUGAUGAAAAGCAGAUUAACUUGGGAGAUGACAUGCUGAAGUUUCAUAUAAAAUUACCGCCUGUGUUGUUUAUCAUAACAAAGAGAAAAAUAUUGUCUGAUAUACAAACUCGGUUUACUCCUCUUGGUUGUUUGGCUCCUUCACUUGUACCUGCAAAAUUAAUUAUACAAAAGGUAUGGCUUCGAGAUUUACAGUGGGAAGAAGAACCGGAACCUGAAAUUAAAAAUGAAUGGUUAGAAGUCAGAGAAAGUUUAAAUGGCGUUACACAUACAAAGGCGAAUAGAUCGUUAGACACUUUACAAAAAACUUUGAAGGAGGUUACUAUACUUGAAUAUUGUGAUGCUUCGAUGAAGGCUGAGGAAGCCGUUCUCCUCUUCAAGUCACUGAAACAAAUCGGCGAGGCGAUGCGAAUGUAUAUGACCCAAAUAUUCCAACUCUAUGAUCGUAUUAUCAGAGCUACAAGGAGACCCUAA